AUAAGAGCUGUAUUCUCCAAUCAGCUUUUUUGUCACAUUGCCAAUACUUUUAUUUAUUUUACUGUUCUCUUGCAUAAUUAACCAAUUUUCUUUAGAGGAACUUUGAUAAUGAAACUGAGUGUGGGGAUAUUUUUUGGAGGCUUCUUUGCGGCUCUGGGGGUUUUGCUGUUUUUGGUGGCAUUUGGAACUGAUUAUUGGCUUCUCGCUACAGAAAUAGGAAGAUGUUCAAAAGCACCUGGAGAUGUUGGGGGAGAAGAGGCCACUUUCCAUCAUGAAGGUUUCUUCUGGAGGUGCUGGUUUAGUGGAAAUGUAGGAGAGAACAAUGCCAGCAUGUGGAAUUUCUGGUAUACUAACCAGUCACCUUCUAAGAAUUGUACGCAUGCUUACCUGUCGCCAUUUCCUCUUAUCCGAGAUGAACACAACUCAACCUCCUAUGACUCUGCAAUCAUUUAUCGAGGCUUCUGGACUGUUCUUCUGCUCCUGGGAGUGCUCACUAUUGUGAUGGCUAGUUUCUUCAUCAUCUGUGCAGCUCCUUUUGCCAGCCACAUUCUGUACAAAGCAGGAGGAGGCUUUUUCAUUGUUGCUGGUGUCUUGUUUUCACUGGUAGUCGUGAUGUAUGUCAUCUGGGUCCAGGCAAUGGCUGAUCUGGAAAACUACAUAAACAUGAAAAAAAUGGAUUGCCCAGACUUUGCUGUUUAUGUACGUUAUGGCUGGUCUUUUAUGCUGGCUCCUGUAGGAGUAUUUUUUGCUUUAUUAGCAGGAAUGCUGUUCCUGUUGGUAGGGCGUGCUAUUUAUUUACACUCAGACUAGUUCUACGCUGCUGAAGGCUAUGCGGCAGGAAUGCCGGGGAAACUUCAUGACAACUUGUAAACUGGUAUGCAAUUUUAUACAUUAUUACCAUUAUGGCAAUCCUGAGUGUGCAGGAAGACUUCUGGAAGUUUUUCAGUUAAUUGUUUAAGGGUAAAGGACACAAAACUCAGUACAGGAAGAAACCACCUUUAGUCUCAACCUAUUGGCUUUAAUUCUUUAGCAAGCAGACAUGUGGUUCUCUUUAUUGUAGUAUUAGUGGCAUUUCUGCAAUUUUGCAAACAGAGGAAGGAAAAAAAUUCCUACAACCAAAAGCCCAACAUGAAAUGGGCCAAAUCAACAUUUUAUACAUUUGUCUUUUAACAUUUACUUUGUGCUUCUGCUUGUGGAGAAUGAGACAAGGUAGAGGAGAAGACAAACAUUCAAGCACAGUAAUUCAAACUACCCCCUCUCCUAUUUUCCACCACUUGCCUUAGCUUUAAUACAAGCAAACUUGUCUGUGCUUUAUAAAAAUAGAGUGCAGUUGUUCAUGCAGCAUCCAUGGGAAGAGGACAAGAGAGGAGACAAUUGCCAUCAACAGCAACCCGGUGCUAGUCUGUACACAAUGUAAAAGCGUAACUGUUUCUCUUUUCUGUAUGCAUUAGAAAGCUGUAUCUUUCUGUAUUCUGAAGUCCACGUUUGUUGCAUCGUUCUAUGAUCCCAAAUGCUGGAGUUAUGAUCACUAGCUGAAGUUAUGCCAAAAUUGUACUUUGAAUUACGUCACUAAUAUUU